AUGCUGGAACUGGCUGUCGUCGUGUGCUCGACGUCAGGAAAACCUGUUUUCUACUCUGUGGUCUCAACUUCAUUAUCAACGACGUGGACAUCAGCAGAAGACGAGACAUCGUCCAUUAGUUCGUUCAUGAGUUCACUUCAAGGUCUCCUGUCGUUCGUGGUCUGUACGCAAGUGGAAGAGCUGCAGGAACUCGAAAGCGAAGGACGUCGCUGCGUGUUCUACAGCACCGAAAGUCUCACUUUUGCUGCCAUUGAACGGGACGUUACUACCAAGGACACUAACAAGAGGACGGUGACAUGCUUUUCAUUGGAAUGUCUGAAGCAUCUGCUGCACUUGCUGCAGACUCACGUUCGGUUUUUACUGAGCGAUCGAGGGCUCACUGUGCUGCAGAAACAGCCGAACUAUGACUUACGCCAACUUCUCGAUGGAACGGAGCAAGUUACGAGGUCUUUGACGGAACUUUGGGCAGUGAAUCCGACGCUGCGAUUCAAGGACUUCGGUGUGCCGUUCGUUCGGCUGAAACUUGCGCGACGACGGGAAGUCACGAGGAUUUUGGCGUCAGUUAAAGCAGAGACGGAGCAGUUGACGUCCACGAUGAUCUGUGGGUUGUUGCUAGCCAAGGAAAAGGUGGUGGCGAUUGCACAGCCAAAGAAGAAGCGGUUUAACAUGCUCGUGGAUGACCUUUUGCUGCUCCUCAACUUCGUUUACCACACACCAUCACUAGCAAAGUUCGAAACGUGGACGCCCAUCUGCUUGCCUCACUUCAAUGCUCGAGGAUUUCUGUACGCGUACGUGACUUUCUUGACGCCAGACGUGUGUUUGCUGCUGCUAAGUAGUCACCAAUCAGUCGAGCAAUUCCCGCACUUUCAGGCGAAGAAAACGUUCAUAGCGCGGCGUCUCGAAGACAGUGGGGCUCUGCAUGAUAUUGAAAGUUCAGUGAGGAACCAUUCCGAGUGGCGACCUCAUUCGGAUCUACCACUGCUGCAGCACUUCAUCUACAAAAAUGAACUCACGGGCGAGUGUGCUGAGCCCGCGUUGGGGUUUCCAUUCGACGAUGCAGAUUUCCACACGCGUCUGCAGCUCUUGACCCAGUACGCCACGAUACACCACUUGAUGUUCCCGAGUCCAGCUGACCCUCAAACUCAAAAGAGUCAAGUUCUAGGCACUCGCCUUUCGUCAUUGCAAGAAGGCACGGCAGCACGAAUGGUAUACGAGCGCAGUGACACGGGUCUCUUUGUGGGUAUGUGUAGUGCUGACUACCGGCUGCUCGUCUGGUUCGACUCACACGUGACAAUUUCUGACGCCCGGAAGCAAAUGCAAGUGGUGCUCGAUCGAGUAAGCCACGAUGAAGAGCUCAUGUCCGUUGCUCUCUUCAUUUCCAGUGGUGAAUUAUCAUAG